AUGACCACUAUACUUACACCAGAAGAGCAAUACGCUCUCAUUACCAAGAACCUUCAAGAGGUUCUGCACGGAGAAAUCAUCAAGGAACACUUGGAGAAGAAUGAACGUCCAUUGAAGUUGUACUGGGGUACUGCACCAACUGGUAGACCUCACUGUGGUUACUUUGUUCCUAUGACAAAGCUUGCAGACUUUUUGAAAGCCGGUGUCGAAGUUGUUGUGCUGCUCGCUGACUUGCACGCCUUCUUGGACAACAUGAAGGCACCAUUGGAGGUUGUCAACUUUAGAGCCAAGUACUACGAAAAGGUUGUCAAGUCCCUGUUGAAAUCCAUCAACGUGCCAGUUGAUAAGUUGACAUUCGUUGUUGGCUCCUCCUACCAGCUCUCAGAGAAGUACACCCUCGAUUUGUUCCGUCUCUCCAACAUUGUAUCCCAAAAUGAUGCUAAACGUGCCGGUGCUGAUGUCGUUAAGCAAGUUGCAAACCCACUCUUGUCAGGGUUGAUCUAUCCUCUCAUGCAAGCUUUGGAUGAAGAGCACUUGGGUGUGGAUGUCCAAUUCGGUGGUGUUGACCAGCGUAAGAUCUUUGUUCUUGCAGAGGAGAACUUGGGCUCUUUGGGUUACAAGAAGAGAGCCCAUUUGAUGAACCCAAUGGUUCCAGGCUUGACACAAGGUGGUAAGAUGUCAGCUUCUGAUCCAAACUCCAAAAUUGAUCUUUUGGAAGAGCCUAAGCAAGUGAAGAAGAAAAUCAACACUGCCUUCUGUGCUCCAGGUGUCGUUGAAGACAACGGUUUGCUCUCUUUCAUCAAGUAUGUUAUCGCCCCAAUUCAAGAGCUCAAGUUUGGUGAAGGUCAUUUCGAGUUCCCAAUUGACCGUCCAGAGAAGUUUGGUGGUCCAUUGAACUACACUUCUUACGAUGAGUUGGUGAAUGACUUCAAGGAGUUGAAGCUGGCACCACCUGACUUGAAGAGUGGUGUUGCUGACCAGGUCAACAUCCUCCUGGCUCCAAUCAUUGAGGACUUCAAGAAUGACCCAGAAUUCCAAGAGGCAAACGAAAAGGGUUACCCAGCUCCAGCAGCCGUUGAAAAGAAGAAGAAGGUUAAGAAAGAUAAGGGUUCUCGUUACCCAGGUGCUACGAAGAGUACAGAACAGAAUUCAGAGGAGCAAGUGACAGAGAAGCUCAAAGAGGCUAAACUGGACAACUAA